UUCUUCAACAGGAACACAGAGGAAGAACCGUUGAGUGACCCGCAGACCUCCACGGUUCUGCUGCUGUGGGAACCGGAGCGUUUACCUCUGAGCAGCGCGUCCUUCAGCGCGUUCAGCACAUCGGCGGAACUGCAUCUCAGGUCUCCAAAGGCAGAGGGAGGAACGCCCAGCAUGGAGGCCUUCAGGUGGACGUACCUCCAGCUGUGUAAGGAGGCUGGCGUGGAGCCCCAGGAGAGCGUGGUGGCUCAGCUCCAGCAGAGCGGCGGCGCUCACAUCUCCAGGCUGGACCUGAGCGGACAGAGCCUGACCACAGGAACCUGCACGGUUCUGUCCAGGGCUCUGCAGAGGGAGAACGUCUUCACGGAGGUCUCACUGAGUGACUGCAUGCUCACUGAGGAAGGCUCCAACGCGCUGCUGACUGGACUGUUUCACAACACGUCAGUAGAAAGUCUGGAUCUGAAGGGGAACAACCUCCGAUCCACAGGAGCUGAACUGCUUGGGAAGCUGCUGGGAUCCAACAAGACACUGCGCAGGCUGGUUCUGGAUUGGAACGCUCUGGGUCUGUGGGAGGAAGCCUUCGCCGUGUUCUGUGAAGGGUUGGCGUCCAACGCCACACUGACCCACCUGGACCUGCGGAACAACCAAAUCAACCACGGCGGCGCGGCAGAGCUGGCUCUGGCCCUGAGACACAACAGCACCCUGGAGGCGCUGGACCUGAGGUGGAACAACGUGGGCCUGCUGGGGGGGAGGUCCCUGCUGGAGGCCCUGCAGAAGAACAAGAGCUUAGUCCAGCUGGAGAUGGCAGGAAACAACGUACCCAGUGAUGUCCUCAAAGCUCUGGAGAGUACCACGGGACGCAACACAGAACGAGAGUCCACCUUAAGAGAAGGACGCGGCCGGACCCAGGUCCUUAGCAGAGAGAUUCAAACGCUGAAGGAGGAGAAGAGCCGGCAGCUCCUCAGCCUGAUGGAGACCAUAGACCGGCAGAGGGAGGAGCUGGGACGCUCCAACAGGUCCACCUCAGCUCAGAUCGGACAACUCCAAGAAGCUCUAAAUGAGAGGAAGUCAGCCUUCAACUCUCUGACUGCCAAGUUGCAGAUGACAGAAGCAGCCUUGGUCCUGUCCGAGCAGAGAAGCCAGAGUUUAGGAGAACUUGUGUCCAGAAUGAAGGCGGAGAGAGAAGAAGAGAAGCAGCAGCAGAUCAGACUGAGGAAGAAGCAGGAGGAGGAAAGUUCUGCCAGAGAGGGGAAGCUCCACAGAGAGAUCCAGAACCUGGUGGAGACCAACGUCCAGCUGCGCAGUAAAGUGGAGGAGCUGGAGUGCAGGUGUUCAGCUCAGCAGCAGCAGGUCUUUGAGCUGAAGACGGAGCUGACCAACAGCACCACGGAGCUCCGGAUGAGACUGACCAAAGCAGAAGACCGUGUGGAAUCAGAGAAACGAAGGUCCAAGCAGACCCUGGAGGACAUGGAGACUCUUCAUCACAAAGAGGUGGAGCAAAUCAGUCGGCAUCUAGAGGAGAGUGAGAAGGCUCUGCAGGAACGUAUCUUCAAGCUGGAGGCCCAGAGGAUCCGGCUGGAGGAGGAGCUGAGCAGGUCUAAAGCAGCGUUGGUGACGGAGAGAGCCCAGGCAGAGGAGGAGCUGGGGAAGGUCCGAGCCCAGAUGCGCCUGGAGGAGCAGGAGCAGAUGUCGUCCCUGGAGGAGAAGCUGGGCUCCCUGCGUUCCUCCAUGCAGGAGAUGCAGCUGCUCUGCUCCCAGAAGAACCAGACCAUCUCAGAGCUGCAGGCCAAGAACGGCCAUCAGAGCGUCCAACUGGACGGCCUGCGGCGCCGGAUCGAGGAGCUUCAGCAGGACCUGGCGGGCAAAGACCAGGAGAAGGUGGCUGAGGUGGGCCGGGUCAGAGUGGAGCUGCAGGAACAGAUUGGACAUCUGGAAGCAGAGAGGACGGCCCAGGAGGGAAUGAAAGCAAAGAUCUUUGCCCUGGAGAGAGAGAUGAAAGCUCUCACAAAUGAUCACAAAGAAGUUCUCCUCGAUAAGGAGAGGGAGAAGUCUUCAUUACUGGAGAAGCUGCGCCUGAAAGAGGCGGAGAUCCAGAGGAUGAAGGAGGACGAGGCCCAGAGAACCAGCUAUCUGCAGAGCGCCAUCCUCACCUAUGUUCAGGGCUCCCCUCUGGGACGCUACAGCAGUCCCAACAACUAACUGGGAGGCGGACUGGGAAAACCACGCUGACGACGCAGCGACUACCGACCCACCAGGAAGCAGAAACGCUCCUCCUCACCUUCCCCUCAUCAGGAGCUGCUGACAGAUCCGACGUCAGGAAGAGAUCUGAAGGCGAACAUGCUGACUUCCUGACAACGUUUCCACGGUAACCUGAGCAGAAGUUACAACCACAAACAGCAGAGAUGGUCAUGGUCACCCUAAACAAUGUUUGGAUGCCUGAACCAGCUUCACUGCCUGUUUUUAUCGGAUCAUUUGGUUUCCGAGGAGACGGAAACGCCUCCUGUGGAUGAAAGGAGCUCAGUUUGCUGCAGACGGAGGUUUAUACGGCGACAUUAGCUGCUCUUCUGCUCUGACUGCAAACCUGGGAGACAAUUUCAAAGUGACAUCAGCGUCUGUGGAGGGAAAUUUGUUCCAUUAUUGGUUAAUGCAAAGAAUAGGUUUGGUAAAUAAAAAAAUAGAGAAGAAAAUGCAGUCCAGAAAUCAAACUUUAAGAAAUAAUUUCAUCAAACAAACAAAAACGGUUU